GCCCAGCUCAGCUCAUUCUUUGCUCUUAUCCCACCUCCCUUUCGCUGUGCUGCCACUGCAACUGCCGCCCGCCGCCCUCUGCACACCAACGUGCUGGGGCUCCCGGCACCAUCGCCUCGAGUUUAGUCCUAAACUGGCGGUGCGCGCAGCUGCAGCAGCCGUGGCAGCGGCGCUUCGCCUCUGGCUACUAAAGUGGCUGCUGUCUCUCUCUGCUGGCUCGAAGGGAAGGAGUGUGCGGUGGAGGUGCGGGGUGGGGCGCCCGGGGGAAGGGGAUCCCGGGACACUCUCCCUCUUCUCUCAUUGAAACUGCGGCGGCUGGAGCAGCAGCAGGUGGAACUGGACUUGUUUGUGCUCCCCUGCGGCCGUCGGCGACUGCGCUUUGAUGGUCCGAGGUUUGGUGGGUCCGUGCUUGUUUAUCCCGCCUUCUGUCGUCAGCCUCUCGGGGAUCCUUAACGGAUUCCAGAGGUGAUUGUCCAGGGCUGGGCUCCGCUAGAGUGAACAGCAUCCACGAGGAGAGAGCCGUGGCGGGAAGGCUCUAGGGAAAGCGGCUGUUUUCGUUUCUCCUUUCCGCAACCCAGAAGACCUUCCCCGCUAGGAAAGAACCAGUGAUCGCUCUUGAGAUAGUGGAUUUUUUAACCCUUCGGAGCUGGAGUGAGGGGUCGAGUCUGUGGUCGACAUUGCCCGGGACGCUUCUCUCGUGCGCUUCCGGAGCUGUCCAGAGUCCUUGGGCGCACCACUCCUCUGGAUAAGGAGGGUCGGACCUGGGCUUUCGCUGGGAUUGCAUCUUUCUUGUUUUCCUCGGGGUUUCCUCUCUGUUUUUCUGCCCAAGAAGUGUAAUUUCUCCACACUACCCCGCUUCUCCCCUAUAUCCCCCCCUUCGAUUCCCCACACCAGGACUUUCUUUCUGACAGUGCUCACAGGAGUGAACCUGCUCCUCUCUUCCUGCCACCCUGGUUUCUCCUGGAUUAGAGGAAGGGUCCCUUCCAGGGCUCUUAGACCUGGCGCUUCUUUCGCUGCCUUUUAUUUUUGGGUUUGGGGGGUCUAUUUCUUAGAAUCUGAGGGAGUCCCUGUAUCCUUACCCGCCCUCCCCCGGCACUGAUCUCCAUUCACCAAUUUAGGUGCCUCCUCGUUACAAUGAGCAUUGCGAGAGUGAAAGCUUAGUUCUCUACCUUCUCCUUUUGGGGGAAAUUUUGAGGGAGAGGGAUUUGGAUCUUCCGUGGGUUUUCUGUGUCCUAGCAAAAGGGGAACACCUCUACUAGGUGGUCUCUUCACCAUGGCCUUCACUUUCGCUGCUUUUUGCUACAUGCUGUCUCUGGUCCUGUGCGCGGCGCUCAUCUUCUUCGCCAUCUGGCACAUAAUUGCCUUUGAUGAAUUAAGGACAGAUUUCAAGAGCCCCAUAGACCAGUGCAAUCCUGUUCAUGCGAGGGAACGACUGAGAAACAUCGAACGCAUUUGCUUCCUUUUGAGAAAACUGGUGCUGCCAGAAUACUCAAUUCACAGCCUUUUCUGUAUCAUGUUCCUGUGUGCUCAGGAGUGGCUGACACUAGGGCUGAAUGUUCCUCUGCUCUUCUAUCACUUUUGGAGGUAUUUCCAUUGCCCUGCAGAUAGCUCAGAACUAGCCUACGAUCCACCUGUGGUCAUGAAUGCAGAUACCUUAAGUUACUGUCAAAAGGAAGCCUGGUGUAAACUGGCAUUCUAUCUCCUCUCCUUCUUCUACUACCUUUACUGCAUGAUCUACACUUUAGUGAGCUCUUAACUGGAAGAUUACCUACGUCAUCAGAGACUGGCACCAGGAAAAGGACAGAAUCGAUGGAGAGAAGUCAAUUGACACUGGAGAUUGGAUGGAAGGACCUGGCGGAGGCGGUGAAUUUGGAGGUUGAAGCCUUUGGUAGAGUGUGUGGAGAUAAAGAGAGAGACCCAGUGGGCCGAAUGACUGGCUUCAGAACUGAAAUAAUGCAGCCCGUGGGCUGAAUAAACUGUGAUCGUCUCUUGUUACUCCUUGUAUUGCAGUCUUUGCAUUCCAAAUCCCACACAUGAGCUGUGUAUCACUCCUGAGGAUUGGGGGAGGUGGGGGAGAGAUAGGAAGCCAAAUCUCUCCUGGGUGAGAAUUGCUGCUUACCGAGAGUACUCCAUAGAACAACUCCUGCAGCUAAUUUUCACACUGGGUUCCUGGUAACAGUUCAGAUGGACUGUGGGAGUGGAGGCUGGGCUGGCUCUCUGCAAAGGGAUUUGUUCAGAAGUUCCAAGCCAGGAACAUGGUCUGUGUUGCCGGAUGCCACCGGAGAAACUCUUCUUGCCUCCUCCCAGUGCCCCCAUGACUAGCAGAUGUCUGGUCUUCUAGGCAGCCCACAAGAGUAAAUCUUCCUUCCAGGAGUGUUCAUUUUUGUUUAAUUUUGUCAUGUUCUAAUUCAUUAGUGAUAGAAUGUUGUUCCAUGGAUUCUCUUGCUAAGAAUUUUCUCUAAAGCCAAGUAACGGAAUGGUGUUCCUCCAGAGUCAUUGUUUGAUAAUGGCAGAUGAUGAAAGGAACCCCAGUUGUUAUCCCUGAGGGAUGAUGUGUCCUGUUACCCUGUAAAAACUAGGCAAUUGUCAUUCCAUGCUAAUUGGCACCAUGGGGAGAAUCCUUAAGAAGUUUAGAGAUAGGGGUUCUGGGUCUGAAUCCCAAUUUUACUUCUUGUGAAAUCUUGAGCAAAUCACUUCUCCCUGGGCCUCAGUUUCCUUAUCUGCAUGGUUGAGAGACUCCACUAUUCUUAUUCUUAGUGCUACAUGUUAUAUUCCUAUUUUAAUAGGUAAAGCUGGAAAUGCCACUUAAAUUGGCCUUAAACUCACAAAGAAGUUUAAUCUGGAUGGAGUCAGGAAGACCUGAGCUCAAAUAUAUAUAGUAGCACGAUGGCCUGAUGACAUAUAGCUUCUCUGAGCCUUAGCUUCCUCAUCUGGAAAGUGAGGGAACUGGAUUUCAUCACCCCUCUUAGCUCUAAAUCUCUGAUGCCAGAACUAGACUAGAUAACCUCUGAGAUUCCUUCAAACUCAACCUCUAGGAUCCAUCUAUGAUCUCUCCACUAGAGCCAGACUUAGAACCAGGAAGACCAGAGUUUAAGUCCUGCCCCUGGCAAAUACUGUCUAUGACUCAGAGCAAAUCAUUUACCCUCUCUAUAGUCUAGGCUAGAGGAGUCAAAUGCAUUGCCCAAACCAGAUUAGCAAAAUAAAAAUAUAAUUAAGUAAAAAAUAUAAUUAAGCAGAUAAUGUUACAUUAAGCCACUCUGCGGUCCACCAGGAAAUUUAUGUACAGAUUAGCAGCCCCCCUUUCUAUUUGAUUUUUGACCCCACUAUUUGUGGUAGGCCACUCUUUAAGUUGCAUUGGUAAAGGGAGUUUCCUGAAGUGAGAGUUCUCUCUAUGCAUGAAAGCCCAGGCCAGAGCCCCAUCUCUAUCUGUUAUUACUAGUUGCACCUUGCUCUGAUUUGGAGAAAAACAAACAUGCUCUAUAGAUCCCUAGAAGAGAAGGACAAUAGCAUUUUCAGCUUAAUUUUUAUAAUGCCACUUUGUUCAUACUGUACAAUUUGAUGUAAAAAUAUUUGACCAUUUAGGAGUUUUCCAUUGAAUAGUCUCCCUUUGUUGGCUGGGAAUUGUGAAAGGGUUUGUAUGCAUGACGAAAGCUGGGGCUUGUUUAAUUGGGCACAAAUGAUUUCUCUGCUGGUUGACACAAAUAGACUAUUUAUACAUGUGCUGGUGCUCAGUUUGGAACCUGUGACUAAGGUUUAUGAAUGGUGUUUGUGUUACAUGCGAUGUGCUAUGUUUAAAAAUGCAGUGGUAACUUGGGGUUCUCACCUAACUGCCUGUCUCAUUGUGCCCUGUCACAGGCUUCCGGGUGGUUUGUAAACUGGUAGGUGGGGAAGCAGGUUUUUAAAAAUAUGAUAUAUUUAUUGCAAAAUAAAAGACAUUUUGUUGUGAAA